AAAAAUAACACAACCCCCACCCAUUUUUGUUUUGUAUUUUAUAUCCCCCAAAACUGAUUUAAAUAAAUGUCACUCUUGAAGACCAUCUCCACAAGAGCCGCUCACUCUUAUUCUCGCACAUUAGCUGUGGCUACUCAAUACCGCACCCAUGCUACUGCUGUUCCCGAUAAUUCCAAAGUAUCCCGCUUAGAAGAACUUCGUAACAAAUUAAAAACAGAAGAGGGACAACUUGAAGAGUUUGUCAGCACAGGAUUCGAGAAAAUGACCCAUACGGAGGCAUUAGAGCUGAGAGAGACUGUAGUACCUGGUACCAAAGUCAAGACCACCAAAUUAAAGCAACCUCGUUUGCCGGAUUGGUUAAAAACAGAGAUUCCUACAGGAAAGAACUUUGGUAAGAUUAAGCGAGAUUUGCGUGGUUUAAAACUCCAUACGGUAUGUGAGGAAGCCCGUUGUCCUAAUAUUGGUGAUUGUUGGGGUGGAGGAGAGCAUCAAACUGCUACUGCUACCAUUAUGUUGAUGGGUGAUGAAUGUACUCGUGGUUGUCGUUUCUGUUCGGUCAAGACCAACAGAACACCCAAGCCCUUGGAUCCUCAUGAGCCCGAACAUACAGCAGAAGCCAUUAGUCGUUGGGGUUUGGAUUAUGUUGUUUUGACAAGUGUCGAUCGUGAUGAUUUAGCUGAUGGUGGAUCCAAUCAUUUUGCUGAAACUAUCCGUAAAAUCAAACAAAAGGCUCCCCAUAUCUUGGUCGAGUGUUUGACAGGUGAUUUCUUUGGUAAUUUACAAGGUGUUGAAACAGUGGCUAAAUCAGGUUUGGAUGUCUAUGCUCAUAAUAUCGAAACUGUUGAGGCCUUGACUCCUUAUGUACGUGAUCGUCGUGCUACUUUCCGUCAAUCCUUAAGUGUGCUUAAACAUGUGAAGGUUGCUAACCCAGACAUGAUCACAAAGACAUCCAUCAUGUUGGGUUGUGGUGAGACAGAUGAAGAAGUCUUACAGACAUUAGAGGAAUUGAGAAAGAUUGAUGUGGAUUGUGUUACUCUCGGUCAAUACAUGCGACCUACCAAGAAGCAUAUGAAGGUGCAUGAAUACGUCACUCCCGAAAAGUUUAAGCAUUGGGAAACAAAGGGUAUGGAAAUGGGUUUCAAAUAUGUUGCUAGUGGUCCUCUUGUCCGUUCCAGUUACAAGGCAGGUGAAUUCUUUAUUGGUAAUAUCUUAAAGGGUCGUAAAGGAUUACCACUUUCUACAUCUCCUGCAACACCUACAUCCACUACCAUCGAAAAGACAUUAUAAAUAAUUUACACACACACACACACACACACAAACACACACAUAUAUUUCAUUAUCAAAAUUAAACUUUUUUUUUACUAUCUUUCUACAACAA